AUCUCCUAAAUCGUGACCCGUGCCUUUGACAUUUGACGUCUAUGGUGGAUAGAAGUGAUCGGAAUUGGUUAUUACAUUUUUUGAAUUUCAUUUAAAACAAUUGAAAUUCUUUGUUCACGUUUUGCUGUGCACCCAAUAGACUGUAGAAAACAAAAAAAUGCUAUCCAGGGCUUCGUUACUUUCAGGACAGUCGUCAAGAGCCCUUGUAGCUGCCUGCAUCAGAGCUACAAGUACAUCUUCAGCAAACUCCCAAGUGGCCAAAACUGAUGAAAAUGAAUUACCAACCUUUAGGAGGCCUGUACGACAGGAACCAGGAAAAGUUCGACUGGGCUUUGUCCCCGAGGAAUGGUUUCAGAUGUUUUACAAGAAAACUGGUGUCACCGGACCUUAUACCUUUUUCUUCACAGUAUCCACCUACCUUGUCAGUAAAGAAAUAUACGUCUUGGAACAUGAAUAUUACUCUGGGCUUUCAUUCAUGAUAAUGUGGAUAUAUGGAAUCAAGAAAUUUGGACCAAAAGUCGCAGCAUGGCUAGAUAAGGAAGUCGAUAAUUAUGAAGCGGCAUGGAACAGCAGCAGAGACGAGCAGAAACGAGUCCUUGCGGAACAAAUCACCGACGAAGAAAAAGCGCAAUGGAGUAUGGAUGGGCAGGUCAUGUUGAUGGAAGCCAAACGUGAAAACGUAGGUCUUCAAUUGGAGGCAACCUAUCGUGAAAGGCUCCUAUCAGCUUACAAGGAAGUUAAGAAGCGUCUCGAUUAUCAGGUCGAGAAGCAGAACAUUGAACGCAGAGUGACUCAAAGGAACCUUGUGGACUGGGUCGUGGCCAGAGUGAAGGCUUCCAUCACUCCGGAUCAGGAGAAACAAAACAUCAACAAGUGUAUUGCUGACUUGGCUCUUCUGGCUAAAGCUUGAAUUGAGAAGUUUUCAUUUUAGAUGAUAAUGUACAGUUAAGUUUUAGGCAAAAAGUGUACUCCAUCUGCAGCAAUUUUAUCUUACAUCAGUCCCCCACAGUAUAAAAUUAUAAAAAAUCGAAAUAUGAAGGAAAUAUGAAGGAAAAA